CCGUCUUGAGGUCACUGUGGCUCUUCUCCAUUGCCGUUUUGUUUCCCCUUUCUAUAUUUCCAUACAAACCCUACUUUGGCUUUCAGUUCCCAGUUUGUCCCAAAUUGAAAACACCCAAUCGACGCAAUGUCCGAUUCGAUUCUUCUCCUUGCGUUUCUGAACCUGGCAUUGUUGUGUAGCGUAGCGAAUUCGAUGAGGUUCGAGCUGCAAACGGGUCACACCAAGUGCAUAUCAGAAGACGUUAAGAACAAUGCCAUGACCGUAGGCAAGUACAGUGUCGUUAAUCCCAAUGAAGGUUACCCAAUUCCUGAUACCCACAAGAUCGUUGUUAAGGUGACUUCGCCUUAUGGGAACAGUUAUCACUAUGGGGAUCAUGUGGAUUCGGGUAAUUUUGCAUUUACUGCAGCUGAGGCCGGUGACUACAUGGCUUGCUUUUGGAUACCGGAUAGCAAGGCGGCCGCAUCAACUAUAACCAUUGAAUUUGAAUGGAGAACUGGGGUUGCUGCCAAAGACUGGUCCAAGGUUGCCAAGAAAGGGAAGAUUGAAGUAAUGGAAUUUGAGUUGAAGAAGCUGUAUGAUACUGUCAUAUCCAUCCACGAUGAGAUGUUUUAUCUUCGUGAAAGGGAGGAAGAGAUGCAAGAGCUUAACAAAGCAACUAACUCCAAGAUGUUUACCUUCAGUUUCCUUUCGCUUGUGGUUUGCUUGUCUGUGGCUGGUCUGCAACUAUGGCAUUUGAAGACAUUCUUUGAGAGGAAGAAGCUCCUCUAAGUUCCUCCACACGAAUUUUGUUCAUUUUGUUUCCGUGGUUUUUAUUUCCUUUUUAUGUAUCCAAAUGUAUUAUUAGUUAAUCUUUCUCUUUUACAAUUUAUGAUAAUUAGAAAUCGCUCCCCAUCGUAAGUCAUAUUGAAUGCAUCUUACAUUGAAUUGGUGGAUGUUAGAAACAAUAUUUACAUUUCUCA